AUAAAAUUAAAUGAAACUUUUUAUCCUACUAAAAGUUAGUUGAGUUUGAAUUUUUUGAUAAUUAUGGGUUGUGCAAGUAGUGGACCAAAUAAUGGAUUAUUGGACGCUGCUCAGAAUGCUGUCAGUGAUACAGUUAAAGCUGGUGAAACCCUCGCAGGCGAUAUUGGAGAACAUGCAAAAGAAACGGUUACUACUGGUGUAGGACAUAUGAAAGAUGCUAUGGAGUCAGCGGUUACAUCAGUCGAACAUGGCCUAACAUCAGCUGUGGAUACGAUCGGAGAAACAUUAGGAAUUCAUCAUGAUAAUGCAACAAAAGAAAUUUCUGAAAAAUUAUCAGAAGCAGAAACAGCAGUAACCAAUGAAGCUGAAGAUAUGAUGGACGAAGUAUUAAAAGAAACUGAUAAUAUUGUGGAAGAGACAAAAAGUGAAUUUGACGACAUAACGGAUGAAAUAGAUAAUAGAAAAGAUGCGGCAAUGAAUGAAAUAGAAAAUAUUAAAACGAAUAUGGAAAAUAUGAAGAAUGAAAUGGAUUCACAUGUAGAAAAUCUAACAAAUGAUAUUAAUACGGAAAUCGAAACCUUAAAGGAGAAUAUGGAAAAUACAAUAAUAAAACUUGGUGAUGAAACAGACGAAACGAUUCAAUUAAUUAAAAUUGAAGGUGAAAACACUAUAGAAAAUAUGGAAGAAAAAUUGGAUAAUGUUGAAAAUAAAUUAAAAGAAUCUGUGCAGGAUGUAGACGAGCCAACGAGCCCACCCACAUUUUGGGAACGAGCACAUGAUGCAUUUUUAAUGAUGCCCCCACGACCAUCUGUUGACAUUGCUGAUGAUUUUAUUUCAAUUUUAACUCAAAAAGAAAUUAGUGAUGUUGAUAAACUUGAAAGUAGAUCUAUUGAAUCUAAAUAAUUUUAUUGUAAUUUAUAAAAACGGUGUCCCGUAACUGACAGACAAUCUAUCGAGUAUGAAUGAGUAUAUGUUAGUUUUUCACAAAGUUUUUCGC